AUGCUGGCUGUAGCACAGAUCGAACCAGACCCCGCCACAGAUGGAUCUCCCACAGAUGGUUCAGGUCCUGCUGUUGCUGGUGCUGGUGCUGAUUCUGGUGCUGGUGCUGGUGCUGGUGGUUCACUGAGAGGACUGGGAAUAGAAGUAGCAGGAGGAGGGAAAGCUAAAGAGGAGGUACCUGGCUGGCAGAUUGGGCGGGCGACUUGGGAGCAAGAAUCGGGAGAGGAUGAGAGUGUUUUGCCGGUGGCCAUAGGGGGUGCUGUGGGUGCCCCUCUUAACACCAUGGAUGAAGAGGCCUUAGCUGCUGCCAGGCUGUCUCAGCGGAUUGACGCGAUUUAUCGCAUGCUUGCUGAGAAUUGCGAGGGUGGGGAUUCAGGUGUGGUCAGUCCAGGUGAAUUUGAAAAAUCACCUGAGAACACCAGUGGAGCACCUGGAGGCAGAAGCAGAGAAGCACCUGGUUCAAGCGAAUCUGAGAAAGCAGCUGCUGAGGGCAACGGAAUGACGACUGGUGAUAUAGGUGAUGCAUCUGGUGAAACUCCUGGUGGCAACAGAAAAGCACCUGUUGGCAACAGAGCCGAACCUGAGGGUGCCGGCCCAAGUGGGGCUGAUGCUGCUGCUGCCGCUGCUGCUGCGAAGGCUCUUCAUUCUUCCUCAAAAUCCAUGGCUCAAAACACCACCACCAGCACUACUCCUGCCACCACCACUACCGCCACCACCGCCAGCACCACCACCAAGGCUAUCACUAGCGGCACGACGAGCACCAGCAGCAGCGCCAGCAGCAGCAGCAGCAAGGCGAUCGGACGGUCCAGAUUGCGCACCACCGUAUCGCAAAAGCAGCUGGUUACCAUUCACCAGAUCCUGGCAGAAGCCGGGAGAUUGCCGCCCAGUCACAGCAUUCACAGCCGGGCGGCAGAGGCAGCUAAAGGACAAAAUACCGCAGCGGCGGCUGUGUUUGAUAACAAGGGAGGGGGCGGCGCUGGUGGUGUGACCAGGCGGCAGGGGGGAGGGCAGGAGCAGGGCUGGGCCGAUACCAUUGUGGAAGGGGAGGAAGGGGAGGAGGAAGGAUCGGGUAGGGCAGAAGGGAGUGGAACUGUUGCAAGGGGUUCGGGAGGUUCGGGAGGAGGUCCGGUCGGAGGUCCGGUCGGAGGUGUGGUCGGAGGUAUGGUUGGAGGUUCGAGAGGAGGUACGGGAGUAGGUUUGGUAAGCACGUCCGGGUUGGCUUCAGGUGGACAUUCAGGGGGGCUGGCAGGGGCGAUGUCAAACAUGCAGGGGGCAGUAGCAGGGGCAAUGGCAGGUGUCAUGUCAGGUGGGUUUUCAGGUGGGGGCUCUGUGCUGACUGGGAUGGUGGGCAUGGUUACAGACACAGUUUCCGGAGCUGCGGACAAGGUUCGGUCAGACGAGGCUGAAUACCUGGUUCGGUAUGCGAUAGAAGCGGCCAAAGCUCCCUUGGUGAAAGGAGGCAAGGGAUUGAUGGGGGCGUUGGGUGAAGCAGGAAAGGGUAACACCGCACAUGUAACAGUGUUACCCAAUCCGCAACUGCAGGGCUUGCCUAUGUAUGCUCAUGCUCCGUAUCCUGCUGCUCCUCCUGCUGCUGUUCUUUCGCCUCCUCCUCAUCCUCACGCUCCUCACUCGGCUUAUCAGGCCCACCAGUCAUCCCCACAUGAGCCUAUUCAUGCAGCAACCAGCCAAUCCUGUUCCAAGGGCCCUACCCGUUCGUCCCAUUACUCUUCCCACUCCUCUUCCUCCUCCUCCGCCUCCUCCUCCUCCUCCACGGUCUCAUACCCUUCUCCCUCCUGGCCGUCCCACCAUCCGUCCCCUUCUUACGCUCACCCCUCUGUCUCAUACCCUUCUCCCUCCUCUGCCACCGUCCCCUCCUCUCUUUCUACCGAAUCUGGACACUCAGAAAAAGGGCAUCGGUCUUUUGAAUCCACACACUCAAAUAAGGACAAAAUGGGUUCUCACCACUCAAACCAUUCGUCUUUCUCCUCAAGCUACCCCCCUUCUGAAUCAUCCCAAUCAGUCGUUUCAGACAUUUCAGAGCACUCUUCGAACUACCCUUCCACCACACACCCUCCUAAACACUCCUACCCUCACACCCCUCCCGUCACAUACCCCCCUCCACCCACCCACUCCGCCCCUAAAGCUUCCACAUCCCACCCAUAUCCUGCCAACCCUGCAACAGCCAACCCUUAUCCCAACCCUCCUGCCUCAAAUCCGUAUCCCUAUCCUUACCCUCCCACUCAAUAUAAUCCCUCUCAAUACAGUCCCUCUCAAUACAACUACCCCUCCCAAGCACCCCCUGGUUCAUAUCCUAGCUACCCCCCUCCUCCUAACGCUCCCUAUUACCCCUAUGCUGCACCUCAAGGUCCUACACCCCAUCCUCCUUAUCAGCAGGGUGGGGCACAAUACCCCACGCCCUGGGGUUAUCCUCCGGCCCCGCCUGCCCCUUAUAAUGACCGCAGUGGUGGUUAUGGUUCUGCCAGUGGUGAUCGUGAACGUG